AUGACGAUAAAAACAACCCCGAAAAAUGCUAUCUCGUUUAUAAAAGUGAUAAUCGCUUUAUCCUUUUCGUGGCCACUUUCAAAGAAUGCUAGCAAAUUUCAAAUAACAUGCUUCAAAAUUUUACGCUCUUUGCUCUGUAUGAAUACAAUGGUAUUGAGUGUACCUAUAGCAUACACCCUUUAUCGUAAUGAUUAUGAUCUACCAAGGAUAACGAAACUAUGGUGUACGUUGGGUGCAAUGAUACAAGUCUCUGUGGAGAUAACACAAUGUGCACUGCAAUAUGAUCGAUUGCAAUAUUUGAUUUCGGAAAUGGAGCAUACUUUAGAGCGUGCGGAACCAUAUGAAAAAAAGAUCUACCAACGGUACAUUGAUAGAUGCGCGAUGUUUUACGUGAGCUCCACAGCGGCAGUUUUUCUCGGCGCGGGUAUAGGAGUAAUCGUGCCACUGACAGCGGUCGAUCAGAUAUUCCCGACAGAAGCGAAGUAUCCUUUCAACGUGGAACAUGAACCAAUAAAGACUAUUAUCUUUGUGCAUCAGUUCAUCGCUGUUUGGCAGUGCUUCUCCACUGUUUGUAUCGGUAGUUUUGUCGGUCUUUUCAUAUGGUUUUCUGCGGCGCGUUUCGAAGUCUUGUCGCAUCAAUUUCGUAUGAUCACCAACAUUUAUGACAUCACUGUGUGUGUGCGGCAACAUAUAAAGUUAUUGAGAUACGCUCAAGAAGUAGUAAUUGCAUUUCGUUCAGUGUUAUUAACAAUAAUGAUUAUUUGUACGUGGGCUAUUGUAGCUAGUGGUCUAACAAUUGUAAGCCAAUGUACUUUAACGGACAAAAUACAAUUUAUGGCUCUAUGUAUAGCUGCACUUAUGGAAGUUUAUGCAUGUGCUUGGCCAGCUGAUCGUUUAAUAGAUAUGAGUACCAAUGUUGCGCAAGCAGUUUACGAAUCGUUGUGGUACAAUCAAGACAAGAUUUUUCAAAAAAAUUUAAAUUUUAUCUUGUUAAGGAGUCAAACAGCAACAACCGUUACUGUUUCUAUCCUUCCAGCUUUAUCAUUACAAUAUUACGCAUCGGUA